AUGACUGUAAUGGCUCCUUUGGAGAUUCGGAUCUUCUCCGAUCUUGUGAACAAGGCGAGCGUUAUUGAGGAAUGUGCAAGGAUGGUAGCCUCGUCAAGGGACAUUCGUGGAGGAAACAUUAAUCGGGGACAUGGAAAGUACUUUCAGCUUAGGGGUCAGAAUUUUAAGAGAGAAGGAUAUGUGCCUCAAGGUGAAGGAGGCUUCAGAAAGAACACUUAUGAUCAGUUUCAGUAUGCCAAAGGGAGAGGGAAUCAGAGUAAGAUUUCUCCGGAUUUAACUUGUGUUCAUUGUGGGCAUUUUCAUCCGAAUGACUCUUGCAAGAUUGGUAUAGGUGGUUGCUUCAACUGUGGAUCACCAGGUUACAUUGUGAGAGAUUGCACUCGGGGGAAGAAGACUCAGAAUACGGGCCAAAACCAACAAGGUUGGGUGUUUACUGUGAACACCAAUGAUACUGCUAAGGCGGAUCUAUUAAUGAGAGUUGUGACUAGGUCAGGUUAUAGGCAAGUAGGUUUCAAGCUUGAGGGUAGAGACUUUGUGCAUGAUUUGAUUUGCUUACCAAUGGUUGGGUUGGAGAUGAUAUUGGGGUUUUAUUGGUUGUCAAAGAAUCGAGUUUUGUUGGAUUGCUUUAAGCAGUCAAUUCAGUUUAUGCUGGAAGGAGAAAAUGGAGCAGUGAUAGCUGAGGGUUAUUACCUGAACUCUGUAAUGGUGCACUGUAGUGGGGAAGACUGUCAGGAUUAUAUACUAUUGGCUGCAAAUGUGUUAGGUGAUAAUCAGAAGCUAGAUGAAAUCUCGAUAGUUAGAGACUUUCUGAAGGUGUUCCCAAAAGAUAUCCCUGAGUUCUCACCUCAAAUGGAAAUUGAAUUUGCGAUUGAAUUGGUACCAGGAGCCGGACCAGUAUCGAUUGCACCAUAUAAAAUGGCUCCGUUAGAGCUGGCCGAAUUAAAGACUCAGUUUGAAGAGCUUCUGAAUAUGAGGUUCAUUUGA